AUGUCUACCUGUGUGAUUCAAGAAUCCCAUGAUGCAAGUCUCAUCACGCUCGAGGCUUUGCCUCGCCAACAGUCAGAUGCAGAAUCAACCUCCGGCCAGCCAAAUCAGUUCCCGGUUUUAGAAAAGUGGAACCAGAAUCGUCUCAACAUGUAUCGAACGUUUGCGACGUUCUGGUGUUUUCUCGUGAUGGGAGCGAAUGAUGCUGCUUAUGGUGCCCUGAUUCCAUAUCUGGAAUCAUACUAUAACCUAUCUUAUACGAUCGUUUCCUUGGUUUUCUUGUCGCCUCUGGUAGGGUACACCAUCGCUGCAUUUCUGAAUCAGCGCAUCCACAACGCCUUUGGACAGCGUGGUGUGGCGAUCCUCGGGUCAGGAUGCCAUCUCAUCGCCUAUGUGAUCAACUGUGUUCACCCGCCCUAUCCAGUGCUCGUGGUCGCGUUCAUCUUUGCGGGAUUAGGCAAUGGGGUGGAAGAUGCAGCUUGGAACGCAUGGAUCGGUAAUAUGGCCAAUGCAAAUGAGGUGCUGGGAUUUUUGCAUGGAAUCUACGGGGUUGGGGCAGUCAUCAGUCCGUUGAUCGCAACAUCGAUGAUCGCGAGGGGUGGUCUGCCAUGGUAUUAUUUCUACUAUGUCAUGGUUGGAUGUGCGGCCGUUGAAAUUGUGGUUUCCACUUCUUGCUUCUGGAAAUCCACCGCCGUAGAAUUCCGUGCAGCGAACAGACAAUCAGUUGAGGAGAAUAAAAAGGGCGGACUCCGAGAUGCACUUUUUAAACGUCCAGCGGCCCGGAUCACAUGGCUUUGUGCCUUGUUCUUGUUGGGCUAUGUUGGUGUGGAGGUCGCCCUUGGAGGGUGGAUUGUGACCUUCAUGAUUCGAGUCCGACAAGGCGGUGCCUUUGCCAGCGGUAUGACGGCCACCGGGUUCUGGCUCGGCAUCACCGUAGGCCGCGUGAUUCUGGGCUUCGUCACACCCCGGGUGGGUGAGAAGAUUGCAAUCUCGGGAUACAUUGUUUGUUCAAUCGCUUUUGGUCUCGUUCUGUGGCUCGUGCCCCAGUUCUAUGCCUCGGCCGUGGCAGUCUCGUUCCAGGGUUUCUUCCUGGGACCUCUCUUUCCAGGGGCCAUCGUGAUGGUCACCAAGCUUCUGCCCCGGCACCUGCACGUCACGUCGAUUGGGUUUGUGGCUGCGUUUGGAGGCAGUGGAGCCGCGAUUCUCCCUUUUGCGGUGGGUGUACUGGCACAGGCCAAAGGAGUCAAGGUGCUUCAGCCGUUCAUCAUUGCUCUGUCAGGUGCCAUUCUCCUUACGUGGCUGGGCUUGCCGCGGGUGAAGUUCAGCAGCGAAUAA